UGGUCGUCACACCUAUCACCUCUGACUUCCUAGCAAAGAAGGAGUGCAGUAAUUUGCUGGGUCUUUGAAGGUAGAAGAAAUAACGAAUUCAUGAGGUGUUGUCUUGGAAACUGAUGCCGGAGAACUAUCCCCAAAGCGAUCAGCCACCUCCUCCCUCUUACAUCUAUGGAUCUCAGCAUUUGCUACGGAUGUUUGUUAAACUUCCAGAGAUACUGGGGAAGAUGUGCUUUCCUGACAAAAAUCUAAAAGCUUUGGUAAAGCAUUUUGAACUGUUCUUGAGGUUUCUAGCCGAAUACCAUGAUGACUUCUUCCCAGAGUCUGCUUAUGUAGCUGCGUGUGAGGCUUACUAUAGCACCAAGAAUCCUCGGGCAAUCUACUGAAGCUUUUACUGAACAAUAAAUCCUGCCGUACAUAGCCCAUGGUUGUUGCUGCUUUGCCACAUAGCUACGAGAUGAAGAUGAAAUGGAAUUUUGAAUGGCCUUUUUCAGAUAGGAAAAAAGGAGUCGCUUCUAUGACUACUGGAUUUGUUAGCAGAGAUGGACCACUUCUUGUUUCAGAGCCAUGCAAACAUUGCAUUCUGAGUUGCUCCAAGUGUUGCAUGUAAGCUGCACUUCUAGAAGAAGCCCUGCACUGAUUUCUAAUGCAUAAGACUGCAUAAAAUUCUUACUAAGAAGUGGGGGAGGGGGGGAAAGCAGGUGCAUUAGCAAUGGGACGCUUUCCUGAAAACAAUUACCUCAUGCUGUCUUUCAUUUUAACAUGAACUGUUUUCAGCAUGAAAAGUAAAACUGGCUUCACUCUCGUGUAAGGAGAAUGCAUAACUGGCAUCCUGUGGAUUUCGUUUCACACACACAGAACCCACACUUCAUUUUGUGAAACAGUCAUGGCACGAAAGAGUGCUGCAUAUAGAGGAAGAAUUGCAUAGCGAUUUUAUUGUCAUGAUCUGUGACUCAAGAAAGUAGUUUUCUGUGGCUUAAAGCAAGCAACAUUUUUUCAUUUUUCUUUUUAAAAAGCAUCUGUCUUUCCCAUAGUAGGUUGCCACAGUUACGAGUGCAGACCUCACCCAGUGAUUCAUCUUAUCCAUGUCUGUGAAUGAUUCCUAAAGGCAUUAAAAAACAGAAUCUUCUAACAGGUUCUCACAGAGUAAGCAUAGAGUGAAUAAAGUGACAGCAGUUACUUUGGCAAACUUUUUUCUUAAUAAAGAAACUGAUUGAUAA